UCUUCCUCCGCGGCGGGCGGGGGGGUCCACCCGCCCGAGCGCUUCCGUCGGGGCCGGCUGCGGCUCCGCCAUGGGGAAGAAGCACAAGAAGCACAAAGCCGAGAAGGCAGAAUGGCGCUCGACCUCCGCCACCGCCUACAGCGAUUAUGUGGACAAGCCUUUGGAAAAACCCUUAAAGCUGGUUCUUAAAGUUGGAGGCAGUGAAGUUACUGAACUCUCUGGGUCAGGGCAUGACUCUAGUUACUAUGAUGAUAGAUCAGAUCAUGAGCGAGAACGACAUAAAGAGAAGAAGAAAAAAAAGAAGAAAAAGUCAGAGAAAGAAAAAGAAAAGCAUCUAGAUGAUGAGGAAAGAAGAAAGAGAAAGGAAGAGAAAAAGAGGAAAAGGGAGAAGGAACAGUGUGAUACUGAAGGAGAAACUGAUGACUUUGAUCCUGGGAAAAAGGUGGAAGUUGAACCUCCUCCAGAUCGUCCUGUCAGAGCAUGCAGAACUCAGCCAGCUGAAAAUGAGAGCACACCAAUCCAGCAAUUACUAGAACACUUCCUUCGCCAGCUUCAAAGGAAAGAUCCUCAUGGGUUUUUUGCUUUUCCAGUCACGGAUGCCAUUGCUCCUGGAUAUUCCAUGAUAAUAAAACACCCUAUGGAUUUUGGUACGAUGAAGGAAAAAAUUGCAGCAAAUGAAUACAAAUCAGUCACUGAAUUCAAGGCAGAUUUUAAACUGAUGUGUGAUAAUGCAAUGACUUACAACAGACCGGAUACUGUUUACUACAAGCUAGCCAAGAAGAUACUGCACACAGGCUUUAAGAUGAUGAGCAAAGAACGGCUGUUAGCUUUGAAGCGCAGCAUGUCGUUUAUGCAGGACAUGGAUUUUUCUCAGCAGGCAGCUCUUUUGGGCGAUGAAGACACAGCAGUUGAAGAACCUGUUCCUGAAGUUGUUCCUGUACAAGCAGAGACUACCAAGAAAUCCAAAAAGCAAAAUAAAGAAGUUAUUAGAGAGAAAUUCUUAGCUAAGCAAAUGGAAGAAGAUAACCCACGAGAGAGAAAUGGAUUUGGUGUGAGGAGAUGCUCUACCCAGUACCUAAGCUGCAUUUUUGAACCUGAGGGGAAUGCAUGCAGCCUGACCGACAGCACUGCAGAAGAACAUGUCCUGGCACUAGUGGAACAUGCAGCAGAUGAAGCUCGGGAUAGGAUCAAUCGAUAUCUACCCAACAGCAAGAUUGGUUAUCUGAAAAAAAAUGGAGAUGGAACUUUAUUAUUUAGUGUUGUAAAUUCAUCUGAUCCAGAAGCAGAAGAGGAAGAAACUCACCCGGUGGAUCUGAGUUCACUGUCAACCAAAUUAUUACCUGGCUUCACUACACUGGGUUUCAAAGAUGAACGAAGAAAUAAAGUAACCUUUCUUACUAGUGCCAAUACAGCACCUUCCUUGCAAAACAACUCUAUAUUUCAUGAUUUGAAACCAGAUGAAAUGGAGCUCUUAUACUCAGCAUAUGGUGAUGAAACUGGGAUCCAGUGUGCCUUAAGCUUACAAGAAUUUGUGAAGGAUGCUGGAAGUUACAGCAAGAAAAUAGUUGAUGAUCUUCUGGACCAGAUCACUAGUGGUGACCAUUCCAAAACUAUUUAUCAGCUAAAGCAGAGGCGAAACAUCCCAGUAAAACCACUGGAUGAAGUUAAAGUUCUGCCAGUUCUCAUAAAAGAAGAACACAAGUUGCGUAAUACCUGUCUGGAUUCUUCCAAACAAAUUAUGGUUGGAGAAUCUGCUGGAGACAGUAACACUUCUGACUUAGACUUUCUCUCCAUGAAGCCAUAUUCAGAUGUAUCUCUUGAUAUUUCUAUGUUAAGUUCGUUAGGAAAAGUGAAGAAGGAACUUGAUCAUGAUGAUAACCAUCUACAUCUGGAUGAAACAACUAAACUGCUUCAGGACCUUCAUGAAGCUCAGGCUGACAGAGUGGGAUCCCGGCCAUCGUCCAAUUUGAGUUCCCUCUCCAAUACCUCUGAAAGAGACCAACAUCAUCUUGGAAGCCCAUCUCAUCUGAGUGUUGGAGAGCAGCAAGACAUGGUUCAUGAUCCCUAUGAAUUUCUUCAGUCUCCAGAAACAUCAAAUGCUACUAGUAACUAAUACGACAUGUACUAUAUUUAUUUUGUAUUUUAAUUGUAUUAUGUUUUUAUAACGUUUUUGUCCAUGACAGAAACUGCAUUUUUGUCCUCUUUUCUAUGAGGAUUGCUGUAUAAUAUCAUGUAUACAGGAUUAAACAAGCAAACGCAUAAAAACCCCAACCCCAAACUAAUUAGUGCAUAAUGUUGUUAGCAAUGUACCAAGAACUGCUUUCAUUUUGUUUGUUAAGGGAGAGUGUUAUUUACUGGUGUGUGAAUCUUGCCUGAAAAGCAGCAAAUAAUGUGUUAGAAAAAUUUAUAUUUUAUAGACACUGAAAAGUGAUAAUUUUCCCAAAAUCAUGGCAACAGUCGUUAAAUGUUUGCAGUACAAUUACCAACUAGUUCUGUAGAUAAUUGUUCUGUUCUCUACUGUUCAGGUUAAGACCUGAACAACUCCAAGGAAGAACAAAGAACUGCAUGAAUUGGGAUUAUUAUUGUGUUUUUCAUCUCCAAAUGCUAAUACUCUGUAGAAAUUAUUUUAAACAUUUCCCCAUAUUUUAAAAUAUUUUUUUAAUCACGGCAGAGAGCACUUCAUUUGAGAGUAACAGUACUUGGGAGUUCCAGUAGAAUGCUCAUUUACAAAACUUCUACCCUAGAUUUGAAAAAGAUUAAUGUUUUUGUGAUCCCUUGUAGCUUGAAACAUAAAGAAAAGAUAAUACUUGUAUUUUUUAAUAUGAUGUGUAUAUGUCAUAGGGUGAAAAAAAUACUGGAUAAGGUGUGCUUUUCAAUAAUUCCAAAAUAAAACUUUUAUAAUACAUCAAUACUUGAAACUGAGGGGUUUUGUACUGUUGCUAUUUGCGAGCAGACAAAUGUUAUGAAUUUACAUUAUUUUGUAACUAUUAAUAAAAAUAGAAAAGCA